AUGCUUUGUCACGCAACAUACAAGCAAAUUGCUGGAGCCGUAUGGAAGAAUCCAAUUUUAAGGAAAUAUAUGCAGCAGUUGUACCUGGAGGAGGUCGAUCGUGAGUGUACUGCGAUGUGUUCAUUAAAGAAUCCAAGCUGUCUGAGAUCGCCCAGCAAGAAAGACCUCCAGCGCUUUUCGUUCAAGAAAUUCAACAGCAAACUUGAAUCGAAAGCACCAUUGUUUAGUGCGGUACUGUGGACUGCAAGUGUGAGAAAAAGCAAAAGAGACGAAUUCUGGCUGCCAUCUGUGUGUAUGUCCGCAGCUGUCUUGCUGAAGAACAGAUCUCCGUGUAUGAAUGCAAUGCAGCUGAUAAACACGAUCAUUUUGUAUCACUCGGGGAUAACUGUGAGUAAUUUUUUUAAUCAGUUUCUAUAAGAUGUUUUCCCGGCAUUCUAUUUGUCCAAACCUAUUAUAACGUACUGAUGACAACGAUAAUGCUUUUGGUAGUGCUAAGCUAUGAAGAAUUUGUUAUGAGCUGAUACCCAAACUGCGAAGCUCUCUUCCUAGUAUUCAAUUGAAUAUUUUUCACUUGAUCAUUAAUGGAUCAGAUGGGGAAAGUCACUUAAAUUCCCUACCUUCUGACGUCUGCAUAAUGUUAAAUGUUGCAUCCUUGGUCUUUGCACAGGCUAUUUGUGCGUGUGUCAUUAGCUCCAAAAUUUAUUGUAGAAAUUAUUAUGCUGGAUUUAAAACCAAUUUAAGAUAAUUGUUAAUUACUACUGUCUUUUGUUGAUCUCACUCUCAGACUUCGUUACCUCUUAUUUCUAGCAAAAUUACAACUCUUUCGUUUAAGUUUGUAGGUACAUCAAUAACUUCGAAUUUAUGACUGUCAACUUCAAAUGUGGUUGUUGCCUUUCAAUAAAUUAAAGAAAACAUAAUUUUAUGAAUUUUUAUGAAAGUAAGGAUUUUUAUGAAAGUAAGUGUAUUAUGAAUAAGAUGUUCCGUGUGUAAAUAAUUUGUGAAUAUAUGCCAUUUUCCCUCAAAAUAUAUACAUGUACAUCAUAAGAAUAAGAUUUAUCUGUUUUUUGACAUGUCCUACCCUGUUGUACAGACAAUUAUAAUUCCAAAGUUCAUGAGAAAAUGAAGGUAGCAAAUGUUAAUGCAUUGAAUAAUAACAUUACAUCUGCCCUUUUAUGGUAAAAUGUCUUAUAUACUAAUUAUUUAUUUCAGGCUUCUCUUUGCCAACUGGGUUCCCUCAGAGUAACCACUGGACACUCAUAUUAUUACCAAAAGCUGGAUGAAUUUGGGAAAGAAUAUGCUGCAUCUGUUGAGACGACGGUAAAAGAUGAGACUGCACGACUUCAGAAACAUCACCAAGCACUGACUGAGGCACCAUCUGGUGCCAGUUCCCCUCCUCUAGUGACUGAAGGCCAGUCUCAACAGUCAACUGUAAUUACUGCUGACAAAGGAAGAAAGUUGGACUUUGAUAACUUCGACUUCAAGCAGCAAGUUCACAGUAUGACUGAACAGCAUCAAAAUAUAGAUGUCCACUGGGUUACACACUUGUCAGUGGAAAAUUGUGUCUCAGGAAACCACUUGUCAAGUGGGAAGCCUGAUGCAGAUGCUGUUAUGCAGAUGGAGAAUGGUGUGUUUUUACCAACUCGCCAUGAGCACCACCUGCAAAGGGAAAACUACAUAACUCUCACUAAGAGAGCAAUUGAGGAAAUACCCUGUUUGGCAUGUCUCAAGCCUGUGGUCUGUAAGCACAUACCACACCAGUAUAGCAAGGAAAUGGCUGAGAAAUCAGAAAUGGUAUUACAUAGUACAAUUUAUUGAAAAUGACUUACAGGCCUACUUUUGAACAAAAAAAAUUAAUUCAGGCCCAUCAAAGACACAAAGUCAAAGAACAGUCAGAAAAAGGAGAGAUGGGAAAAAUGAUUUUUGUUUCCUUGUUUUGAAGUCUUGUCGUUCUCAUGUUCCAGUAACAGUAAAGGUUGGAGUUUGAAAAUUUGCAGUAGUGGUAUAUUGUAUAAUUUGCCCCCCCCCCCCCAGUUUUUUUGCCUCCAACCCUUCCCUGCUACCACCAAAAACCACUUAACCCAUUGAGAAAAUAACCAGGAUUAUGUGUUUUCCCUUUGCAGUCUUUUCUUGGAAUGUUGUAUCACAACGAAAUGACUCAGAUGGUAUUCAGCAAGUACUAUGGUGAUGGAGAUGACAGAGUUUAUUCCUCCCAAGGUUUAGUGGCUGAUCAACUGUCAGUGGAGCGUGGAAAUUGCUGUCUGGCAUGCAGGAAAUAA